AUGGCUGCCGAGAACUCCUCCUCCGUGACAGAGUUUAUCCUCGCAGGCUUAACCGACCAGCCGGGACUCCAGAUCCCCCUCUUCCUCCUGUUUCUAGGUUUCUACGCGGUCACGGUGGUGGGGAACCUGGGCUUGAUAACGCUGAUAGGGCUCAACUCUCACCUGCAUAUUCCCAUGUGCUUUUUCCUCUUCAACUUGUCCCUCGUAGAUUUUAGUUAUUCCACUACUCUCGCCCCUAAAAUGCUGAUGAGCUUUGUCUCAAAGAAGAACAUCAUUUCCUAUGCAGGGUGUAUGACUCGGUUUUUUUUCUUCUGUUUCUUUGUCUUUUCUGAAUCCUAUAUUCUAUCAGUGAUGGCGUAUGACCGCUGUGUGGCCAUCUGUAACCCACUGUUGUACAUGGUCACCAUGUCUCCCCAGAUGUGUUUGCUCCAUUUACUGGGUGUCUAUGGGAUGGGGGUUUUUGGGGCUGUGGCUCAUAUGGGAAACAUAAUGUUUAUGUCCUUUUGUGGAGACAACCUUGUCAAUCACUAUAUGUGUGACAUCCUUCCUCUCCUUGAGCUCUCCUGCAAUGGCUUUUACAUAAAUUUACUGGUGGUUUUUAUUAUUGUGACCAUUGGCAUUGGGGUGCCGAUUGUCACCAUUUUUAUCUCUUAUGGUUUUAUUCUUUCCAGCAUUCUCCACAUUAGCUCCACAAAGGGCAGGUCUAAAGCCUUCAAUACCUGCGGUUCCCACAUAAUUGUGGUAUCGCUUUUCUUUGGGGCAGGUGCUUUCAUGUACCUCAAACCACCUUCUAUUCUACCCCUGGACCAGGAGAAAGUGUCCUCCAUUUUUUAUACUGCUGUGGUGCCCAUGUUUAACCCAUUAAUCUACAGCCUGAGGAAUAAAGAUGUCACAGUUGCCCUGAGGAGAACCUUUUGCAGAAAAUUAGUCUCUUAA